AACAAGAAAAGGAGGCAGGCGGAAGGCGGGGUGACGUGAUCCAUCCUCUGUGACGUACUUUGUCACAGAGACUCUGCCGUACGAGGCCUAAAUUUAUGACGUCAGUUUUUUUUCCCUGGCGGACACUUAUCAUAGAUAUUUUGUGAACACUUUCGGGCUGGAUACAAGCCUAGUGUAUCCGGUUGUAUUUAUAAAUUUGUGUCAAAAGGGAUUUUGACCAAACUCGCGGAGUAACUUUCUUCUGUGUUGAUUUUGUAAAAGUCUAAAUACGAAUUCUCCGAAGCCCACCCCGUGAUCGGGAGCUGUUCGGUGGCCUUUGAAAGAUGUCACUUGGUGGUUCUCCUGUGACCCUCGUCCAGCUGCCAGGGGGCCAGUUACAGGUUCAAGGAGUGAUCCAGUCUCCACAGUCAUCGGUCAUUCAGGCUCCACAGACGCAGACUUCCCAGGGUUCAGAUAGUGAGGAUUCACAGGAUUCGUCGGAAAGUGGAACCACACCGCAAAAGACCCGAGAGCUCCUGGCCAGGCGACCGUCAUACAGGAAAAUCCUAAAUGAACUUUCAUCCGAGGGCAUCACGCACAGCGAGGGGAAGGACAGCUCGACAACCACGGGAGUGACGGGCGUCACCAUACCCGCCCCCAUCUAUCAGACCACCACCGGCCAGUAUAUUACCGUAACUCCGAAUGGAACCAUCCAGUUGACGAAUCCCGGACCUGAUGGCAUUCAGGAACUUCAGGUUGCCAUGGCCAACCCUACCGGAGGCCAGCAGGGCACGACGAUCCUCCAGUAUGCUCAGACCCCUGACGGCCAGCAGAUAUUGGUACCAAGUAACCAGGUGGUUGUACAGGAUGCAGGGGAAGAAGUGCAAACGUACCAGAUUCGUUCCACGCCCACAUCAGGCUCACUACCCCAGGCCUUGGUGAUGGCCUCGUCUCUAGGAUUGCCUCAGAGCAAAAGCGAGGAUCCAACUAUGAAGCGGGAGAUUAGGCUUGCAAAAAACAGGGAAGCGGCCCGGGAGUGUCGGCGGAAGAAAAAGGAAUACGUCAAAUGCCUUGAGAAUCGAGUGGCAGUGCUUGAGAAUCAAAACAAAACCCUGAUUGAGGAACUCAAAAGCUUAAAGGAACUGUAUUGCGUGAAAACGGGAUAAGCUGCGCGGGUGCAGAGACUGUGUCAGCGGGAACCGCUCUCGGCUUUUUUAAUUUUUUUUUUUUUUUGACACGCUCAUGUUUCUGGGAACGCUUCAGGUUGAGAUCCACGAUCUUUUUACUCGAUAUAGCAAUGAUAUAUACCUAUAUCUAAACGAAUUUGGACUUUUUCCAGCUAUUUUUUUUAUGAACUAAUACUAUAACAUUUAUAGUUGUGUAUAUUUUUAAACUGGGAGGUUUGAAAUGAUGAGCUUUUGCUUUUUUGACUCUCAAUUUCGAAAAGUUGUUGUUGAAUUUCUAAAUGUUCUUGUUUAAAAAAAUGCUGUUUGGUGUGUGUGUGUUGUGUGUGUGUGUUUGUUUUUUUCCCCUUUUUUUCUACCAACAGCAUUUACAGAAUUGACUGUAUUAGUUCUAUGAGAACAUGUUUGCUGCACAGAAAUUUCUCGUAUUCCCAAUAAGGAAAUGUUACAGUUUUCAUUCCUAAUCUUUGUGCAAAGGGACAUAAAGGGUAAACGAAAUAUUGUGUGAUUGUUCAUUGACCUUUUACUGUCUUAGACAAUCUGGACCACGUUUUGGUAUUUUUUUGCACAGUGUCUCGAGGGUGAUAUUUUCUUUCCUCAUGGAAAGGGGAGGGGGCUGUGGAACAGUGUAUGAAAUGUUGCUGUUUAUGUAAGUAAAUAAUAUAUAUUUUCA